GAGGUGGGUGAAAAGUGAUGUUGCGGAAAAUGGGGUACUUGAGCUUGGGCCAACAAGAAUUCAAGUUUCCCCAGAUCGGAAGGAUGCCGGCAUCAUCUUCAAGACACCCUCAUACUUUCGCUUUAUAAUUCCACCAUGUCUUGGGUCAAACGGCGGGCUGGUCCCCUGAUCGUCUUAGGCACCUCUGCUGCCGGCGGCGCUGCGUACCGCUUUUUCGGUUCCUCGAAGUCGUCCGAUGAAUCGCUCAAUCCCCACACCUUUACGCCGUACACACUCGUCGAAAAGCAGCCUGUAUCCUCGACCAGCGCUAUAUUCAUAUUGCGUAAUGCCAGCGGUGCGCCAGACUCGCAGAGCGUCAAGGAGGUCGAGAAGCGCAGCGUUUGGAGUGUACAGAUCAAGCAGCCGCAAUUGCAGAUUGCACGCGCCUAUACACCACUACCACACACCGUCGAUGUUAAGAAGGACGAAAAUGCACCUCAAGAUAUGAGGCUUUUGAUACGACAGGAGACCGGAGGAGAAGUCUCAACAUACUUGCACCGGUUGCCGGAGCAAGCAACAAUUGAACUUCGAGGCCCAAAUGCUGAAUUCGAGUUGCCUCGCAAUGUCAAGGAAGUCGUUUUUCUGGCAGGAGGGACAGGCAUUGCCCCAGCUAUGCAAGUUGCACAGGCUUUGAUCAGGAGAACAGGCAGUAAGAUGCACAUUUUGUGGGCAAACAGGCGGCGCGAGGAGUGCAUAGGCGGUGUCAGUGACGAUCAGGGAACCGCGAGUACAUCACAGAAUCGACUGGGCUGGUGGAAGAGUGUCCUUAUAGGCUCUAGCGAGACGGCGACGCUGGUCGGACUUUCGAAGGACGAUUCAACAGACAGCGAAGCACCUCAGCAUAAGGGCCUCAUUGUUAAAGAGCUGGAUGCACUCAAGGCGAACAACACGGUCGCGUCAUAUGGGCUGAAGGUUCAAUACUAUGUUGAUGAGGAGAAGACAUUCAUUCAGCCAGAAGAUGUCAAGAAAAGGAUGAUAAGCUCAUCGCAAGAGAAGGGGUCGAAAUUGAUCAUAGUAUCUGGCCCUGAUGGCUUCAUCGAGCAUUGGGCUGGCAGGAAGCUUUGGGCUGAUGGUCGGGAAGUGCAGGGCCCGCUUGGCGGCGUGUUGAAAGAAAUGGAUCUUGGUGACUGGAAAGUCUUCAAGCUGUAAAAGUACGUGUACAAUACCAAUGUGAUACCCAUGUUCGACCCUCCCUACACGGACAGCACCCUUACUCCCGCUCGGACACGCAACAGGGCUCAGUCACAAUUGUAUUAGGAGAUGGAAGUAUAAAACUGACCGUGCUUAAUUCACCGCUGUGCUACAAUGCAAGCCGUCGCAACAAAUUGCCCGUUGCGAAA